UUAAAUUUAUAUUAUUUUCCAGCCAUUACGUCGCUGACACCGUACUUAGGACCCCAAAUGCGUGAUAAAGGAUUCACAUUUAAAGAGACGGCUAACAUCAUUACCGCAUCCUCCUUUAUCAGCAUUUUAGGACCUUUAAUCAUUGGACCUGUUGCGGAUCGUCGAGCAAACUACAAAUUAUUAAUAAUCGUAAUGAUUUUUAUGUCGACAAUCUUCUAUACCAGCUUGCUUUUCAUACCUCGAGUCAUAAGGGUGCCAAGAGAACCCCUGAAGCAAUUCGAUUGCACCUCAUCUAUAUAUCUGGAAAAGUGUAGCAACUGGGAGAAUUGCGUGGAUGCCAAAUUAGGCAACGACGAUUUGAUCAUGUUUCGACUUUCUAAAUGUCGUUACAUGUGUUCCAAUUCUAGAGUGGCUGAUGUACCCUAUCCUUUGCACAUCUGCUUCGAGAGCAGCGAAGGUAAUCUGUGUUCCGUGUACAACCCUUUACUUAAGGGGAACGUUUCUCUGAAUUUUAAGACGUACUUCACCGAAUGGAAAACGGAAGAAUUGAAAAAUAUGAAAACAACGGAUUUCCUGGAGUACGACGAAGAUUUGCCACCUCAAAGAAUGAAAGUUUGCCAAUUUCAUCCCAGUCCACCAAUCUUCGUGUCUGAUAAAACUUACAAUAACAUCUAUUGUAGGCCGGUUCCUAAAAAUUGUUACAUGAGAUGCCAAUUAUCAUUUAUACAAGACGAAAAAGAGAUCUUUCCCAUUCCAUGCACCGAUACUUUGGGUAAUAUCCAACUUACUUUUUGGGCUUACUUAGGUAUGAGAACCUUUGGGGACUUGUGUAUUACUACCGCUGUUUUUCUCUUAGAUGCCCUCAUUCUAACGGGUACUAACGACUUUUAUGGUGCAUACGGGAGAACGCAUUUGUGGAGUGCUGUAGGACUGGCCAGCAUAUCUCCUCUGGCUGGUGUUUUGAUCGAUUACUUCAGCACCGAUACUUCUACAACUAACUACUUGCCUGCUGUUUGUAUUUACGAUCUCAUUGUGUUGUUUACGUGUUGCGUAUUAUUUUUCCUUCCUUUAAAAAUAUCACACAAGAUGGUUUCGGUCGAUACAAUUGGUUAUCAGAAGCAAUGUUCUAAAGCCUGCACUCUCGAGAUAAUAAUACUUAUGGUUCUUGUACUGGUGUUAGGUACGGAGUGGGGUGUAAUGGAAACUUUUCUUCAUUGGUACUACACGGAAAUUGGGUGUAGCAAAUUAAUUCUAGGGAUAACUCAGAGUUUAGCAUUCUGCUGUAGUUUACCAUUCUUAAUUAUAUCUAAAAACAUGGUACAGGAUAUCGGAAGAACAAAUAUUAUCGUGUUUGCAUUUCUUUUCUAUGCCAUACGUUAUUCUGGUGUGUCGUUUGUGCAUAAUCCUUGGUGGGUCCUUCCGUUCGAAGCUAUGGAAACUUUUACCAUGAGUGUCAUGUGGAUCGGUGUUGUGGCAUUUGGACAAAACAUCGUUUCCUUUAAAUCAAGACUGCCCAUGCAAUAUUCCUUAAACAUCGUGCACUUUUGUGUAGGAAGAGGAAUCGGAAGUUUCCUUGGUGGAAUAUUGUUAACGAAAUUCACACGUAAACAGACAUUCCUCGGUAUAGCGACUUUUUCUACAAUAUUCGGUCUGAUGUAUUUAUUCCUUCACCAUACGUUGUUCAAGAGAGAAUACAGAUCAAAGUUACCAGCCUUUGCGAAUUUUUUGAAGAAAGGGAGAUGGAUAAAGGGCAAAAAAAUGCAAAAUGGAGAUCCUAAGGUCCUUCAACCGAUUUUAGAAGCGGAGUAAUUCUCCUCUCCCCUUAUUUUUGUUUUAUUUAUUUGUUCAUUAUCUAAAUUUAAUCGAUGAUUAGAAGCAUUUAACUGUACAAAUCAUAUAUUAUUUAUUGCCUAGAAGAAAAGAAUAAUUUUUAAAUUGUCUUUUAUGGAAUGCUAAUGUAUCUAUCGAUUUUUUUUUGUAUUUUUAAAUAAUUAAGUAGUGUUUUUUUAAAAAAAACACAAAGAAAAAACACAAUACCGUUAUUAACAACAUUCCAUUAUCUUUCUAGCAGAUAUUCGCAACUGGUAAAUCGCGAUCUACUAGUUGAGAAUUAACACCCUCGUUUUAAAAUUAAAUUGAUUUUCAACUAAUAGAUCGCGGCUUACAAGUUGAGUAAUGGUAUAGUUAUGUAGCUUAAAAAUGGAGUUUAAUCAUUUUUAAUGUAAUUUUAGUGUAUUAAAUAAUUUAAACAAUUAAAAAAAUAAUAAUUUCUGUGCUUUCUUUUAUGAUUUUUUUAAUAAUAAUUGUGUAAAAAGCGUGAAAUUCACCCGAAAACUUAAGAAUUUGCACACUUUUCCGUUGUUCUAAUGCCAAAUUUCAUAGUAAGAAACAUAUAUACAUACCGUUUAAAUUAAGAAAUUUAUAAGAAAUUUUAACGAAAUAUAACUUGAGAGGAACUUCUUAUAAUACGGAAUUUACCUUAUAAUUAUGGAAAACUUCUACUUUAAGAUUCAGCAGCGUAAGGUUUAUUUAAAAUUAGGCCCAUAUGCGACAUCUAUUUUCUUUGGAUCGUUAUAAUCGAAUCCAUUUUGGAAUACAGUCAAAC